GGAGGCUGGCUGUGAUUGGCUGACAGCUGACCAAUAGUGAGUUGACAGGAGGCGCAGUAGUAAGACAUGGUGCGAUCUCUCAGCACUGUCGCAAGAUGUUUGGGAAACUUUUAAUUUCGUUUUUUCUUCUCUUCGUCUUCAACCAUGAGCUCGUCGACGGCCAGAAGAAGAAGGAGACUCUGCUGUCAGAGAAGGUGAGUCAGAUGAUGGAGUGGACCUCGAAACGUUCGGUCAUCAGGCUGAACGGAGACAAGUUCCGUCGUUUUGUGAAGGCUCCUCCCAGGAACUACUCGGUGGUCAUCAUGUUCACUGCCCUGCAGCCUCAGAGGCAGUGUGGGGUGUGCAGACAAGCGGACGAGGAGUUCCAGGUGCUGGCUAACUCCUGGCGUUAUUCCUCUGCCUUCACUAACAAAAUCUUCUUUGCAUCUGUGGACUUUGACGAAGGAUCCGACGUCUUUCAAAUGCUGAAUAUGAAUUCUGCCCCAACCUUCCUCCACUUCCCAUCCAAAGGGAAAGCUCGCAAGUCUGACACCUAUGAGCUGCAGGUCCGAGGCUUUGCAGCGGAGCAGCUGGCGAGAUGGGUCGCCGACAGAACCGACAUCCAGAUCCGUGUCAUUCGUCCUCCAAACUACGCCGGGCCUCUGCUGCUGGGCUUCCUCCUGGCUGUGAUUGGAGGACUGGCUUAUCUACGAAGACACAACCUGGAGUUUCUCUUUAACAAGAACGUCUGGGCCUUCUCUGCACUGUGCUUUGUCCUGAUCAUGACCUCCGGCCAGAUGUGGAACCACAUCAGAGGACCACCUUAUGCUCACAAGAACCCGAGCACCGGACAAGUGAGCUACAUCCAUGGCAGCAGUCAGGCCCAGUUUGUGGCUGAGACCCACAUCGUCCUCCUCUUCAAUGCUGCUGUUACCAUGGGAAUUGUGCUGCUGUGUGAGGCUGCCACUUCUGACAUAGACAUUGGAAAGAGGAAAAUAAUGUGUGUAGCAGGUAUUGGUCUGGUGAUGCUGUUCUUCAGCUGGCUGUUGUCUAUCUUCAGAGCAAAGUACCAUGGAUACCCAUACAGCUUCCUGAUGACUUAGAGCGGACCACGUGAGAACAGGAGGAUCAACAAGAGGAACGCCACGUCAACGCCAUGAUGUGUUCAGAUGUGUCGAGUCCACACAGACGCACACUGUGCCUUCCUAACACAACCCUCCUCUCCAGUGUGCGCGCACACAUACACACACACACACACACACACACAUACACGUACCUUGAAUUGGAUAAUUGGUAAUUAUUGGUAAUAAUUGUACAAAUUCCAUUGUGUAUGUUUUAAACUGUUGGGACCAUAGUGAGGCUUGAUUUAUGUGUGUGUGUGGCAGUCGAUAUUAUGAUAAACCUACAGGAUUUGGAAUUGAAUAUUAUUAAGUAUUUGUGAAUGGACGGGUGAAUGUUUUCUAUGAGACAUUUGUAAAAAUGAAAGAAAGUGGUGUUAGCUGCUAAUUUUUCAACAACUAAAAAAAUGUAAUUUCUAUUUAUGAAGUCACUUGUCACAGCGUGUUGGUUUUCACACGUGUGUGGUACAGUAAACCUGUGUUCUUCCAUCAUUUGUUCAUCUGCAGUUGUGAAAUGUUCACACUAACAUGAAGAAGAAUGUCUGUCGUCCCAGAGAGAACUUCGGAUUCUGUUGUUAAAACAUUUAAGUGCUAAAAGUGUUUGGGUUGCCUUAUCAGGAUGUAGCAGGUGAAAAUAUUUGAAUAUUUCUGAUAUUAAAGUGCCUUAACUGCC